AUGGAUAAGUCUCGCCAUUCGCAGCAGCCGGAGCCGGCCACCCUUUCAGUGUGUGGCCCUCUCGGCAGGUCCUUUCCAAGUUCCCACUCGCUCGCAUCGACAUUCAGUUCAGAGACUUCAAGACCAGCCUCGUGGUCAGCAAACGAGUGGCUCCGAGGCUCACCCAACACGUCGCCGCCGAGCUCAGGGCUAGGCUCGCCAGAGUUAAAAGCUAGCCAGCUACGGGAGGACGUCGGCGCGUCUCCCGUGGAUGAAGCCAUCGAUGCUCCCCCCAUUGCUUCCGCGAAGAACAUCUGCUUCAUACUGGUCAAUGUGGUCGACUUGAACGAGCAGCGCGUAGCGGCAUGGAACUCCGCCCAUCUUCCGAUCCACGAGGACGGCCUCUUGAAGGUGGUGCGCAUUGCCCGGGAUGGCACGCUAGACACUGCCGUCUCCCUCUCCGGGGUUGACCACCCUGUCCAGCUCAAAGCUCGCCAGCCGAAUCUCACCUUUUCAACUGACGUCGUUGGAGCCAUCGUCCAAGCGGACAUCAUCUUCAUCUGUGUCAACACUCCCACGAAGAUGCAAGGACUCGGGGCCGGGGCCAUGGCAGAUGUCAGCGCGGUCGAGAGCGCCACACGAACGGUUGCCGAGCACGCCAGGCCAGGCACGAUCAUCGUUGAGAAGAGCACAGUUCCAUGCGGCACCGCCCGGAUGAUCCAAGAUAUUCUCCGACACCACCGCCCCGACACGAAUUUUGAAGUUCUGUCCAACCCCGAGUUCCUGGCCGAAGGCACGGCGGUUGAAAACCUGAUGCAUCCGGACCGGAUCCUCAUCGGCAGCGCUCAGAGUCUUUCGGGCCUCCAAGCAGCCACGGUGUUGAAGAACGUGUAUGCGGCGUGGGUGCCUUCCGCUCGCAUCAUCACGGUGAACACCUUCAGCAGUGAGCUUGCGAAGCUCGUCGCCAACACGAUGCUCGCGCAACGCAUCAGCAGCAUCAACGCGGUGAGCGCCAUGUGCGAGGAGAUCGGUCUCGGUGCCGACGUGGAUGACGUGAGCCUCGCCAUUGGGAAGGACUUGAGGUUGGGGCCCAAGUUCUUGCAAGCCGGCGUCGGCUUCGGCGGCUCAUGCUUCGAGAAGGACAUCCUCAACCUCGCGUACUUGGCGAGGGAGUUGCAUCUCGACGUCGUGGCCGACUAUUGGCUGGCUAUCCUCAAGAUUAACGAGGAUCAGCGACAGCGGUUCGCGCGCAACGUGGUACGCGAGCUCAACGGCUCGCUCCGUGGGAAGAAGAUCGCCGUGCUGGGGUUCGCCUUCAAGGACGGGACGAACGACACCCGGAAUAGCGUUGCGGUGCACAUCAUCAAGGACUUUGCGUCAGAAAUGCCGAAAGAAAUCGCCGUGUUUGACCCGGGCUGUGCUCCUGCAGAGAUCCUCGACGAGAUCAAGAGGAUCGGCCUGAACCGGGCCCAGAUGGAGAGAGUCAAGAUCUGCUCUCACUGGCGAGGCUGCGUCCAGGACGCGAGCGCAGUCUGCAUUCUGACACAAUGGAAGCAAUUCCGGGGACGCCAACUGUGUAAUCCUGCGGGGAGCGCGGGCAAGACCUCCAAGCCAAGCAGGCACGGCUUCCCCGCCGGAGCUCACGACGCCUGCCUCAGUGAGGUGAGCAUCAUGAACCUGGAGAGACUCUCGCGACAGGCGGCGGCCGCCCCGUCAGACGAUCCCCUCGGAAGACUCAGGCCGCAGCCGCCGUGCCCAGCUGACUGCAGCCACUGCGGUGCCGGGAGCAGGACAUCGCUGGGCCAGGAAGACGUGGAUUGGGUCGAAGUUGCCGGGAUGAUGCAGGAGCCGCGCUACGUGUUUGAUGGACGAAAUGUGACCAACCACGUCGAGCUCCAGAGGCUAGGCUUCAGGGUGAAAGGGAUUGGAAAGGGAUUCCAUUCACGUUGA